AUGCACGCCGUGCCGACGCUCGACGCCACCGCGAGCGACGCCGAGCUCUCUCGCCAGCUCUUCCUCGAACAGCUCGCCGCCUCGUCCGCCCAGAUGAAGCUGCCUAACGGCCCGUCCGAGGCCGAGGACGACUACUCGCACUACGACACGCCGCUCGGGCUCACGCCCGCGCCGCUGCCGCUGGGCCUCGCGAGCAGCCUCUCGGCGCGCGCCAGAGCGGGCAAGCGGGCGGCUGAGCGGCUCGAGGCGAGCAAGCGGGCAAGCAAGCGGGCGGCGGAGGCACUUGAGGAGAUGUAUGAGGAGGCGUUGAUGGACAGCGCCGCAGCGGCGCUGCAGGAGUGCCACCGCGGUAUCGCCCGCCACCGCGGCAACUUGGGCCGCGCCAGUGUUGCGCGCCUCCAGGCGGCGGCGGCGGAGGCGGCGGAGGCGGCGGAGGCGGCGGAGGCGGAGGCGGAGGCGGCGGCGGCGGCGGCGGCGGCGGCGGAGGCGGCGCGCCAAGAGGCCGAGGCAGCGGCGGAGACGCUCGACGAGUCGGACUCGGACGGCGACUUGUGGGCCGACGCCGUGAGCAGUCGGCCGGUGGUUGCCACUCCGCAGGCCGUGCGGCGGAGCAGCGAGGAGUGGGCCGAAGCGGCGCCGUCGGAGCCAGGACCGUGCUCGGCCGGCGGCGCGUAUCAGGCUGCGCCCCCGGCUGCGCCGCCGCCUCGCGGAGAGUGGGCCCGCUUCCUGUCCGAGGGGGGCGACCCCGAGGCGGCGCGGCGAGGGUGGCUGACCUACCACAUCGGCCGGCGCAACUACCGAGCGGCGAUGGACCUGGUCGUGUCCACCGACGAAGAGGCGCGCGUGCGUGAGGCCUUCGCGGCUGCGGACACCGCGAGCAGGAGCGAGCUGGAGGCGCGGGAGAAGGCGAGGCAGAUCGCGUCCAGCCCGGCGCCCUCAGCCUGCUCUCUCAGCUCGCUCGACUCGGACGCGUCGAUGCAAACCCUUCUCGCUCGGCUCGGCGAGUCAUUCAACAGCAGUGGCGCCGCGCUCAUCGACCGCAACAAGCAGUACUUCGUCUUGUUCGAGAAGUUCGACGAGAACCGCGACGGACGCUUGUCGAUCGACGAGCUCGGGCAUAUCUUCGACGUCGUCGGGCUCGAACACGGCGCUCGGCAGUUGGAGGAGGCCAUGGCGGCGGCUGACGUGGACGGCUCGCAUUUCCUGGAGCUCGACGAGUUCAUCCAGGUCAUGGAGGCCGCCGAGAGCCGCCGUGGCGGCGCGGAGGCGAGGGUGUGGCGGGAGCUGGCCAAGAAGAGGCACUCCAUGCUGGCCUGGGCCUCGCUCCCCGCGGCUUGCAUGGUGAUCACAGUGGCCAUCACCGUCUUCAAUUUGCGCUACGAUUACGACCCGGUCAUGGGCAUCCAGGUUGUCAACGGGCUGUACGACGCACUUUGGGAUUUCUUGCCUACAUGGUUCGCUUGGGAGCGUGGACCUUGCCCCGAAACCAUGCCGCAGUGCUCGCUUGUCGGCCACGCAGGAACGAACAGCUCACAUUGGCCCGGUGCGUCCUACAUCGCCAGUAAUUACAUCAAACGCACGGUGGUGCUGAAGGUGCAUGUCUUCGCCAUGUGCUUCUCGUUCCUCCUCUUCCCUUUUCAGCUCUGGAAGGGCUUGCGGGCGUGGUCGGUUGAGAAGGGCAACGGCGUCCAUAAGAUGACGGGCCGCGUGUCGCUGAUCUUGUUGUUUCUAGGGCAAUGUACCAGCAUGCCGAUCGCAGGUGGGCCAGGGUCGCCGAUGGCUGACUUCAUGGGCAAGCUUGCUUUCUUCGAGAUGAUGUGUUGCACGUUGUGGUGCGCGGGGAUGGGCUGGUUGCACGCUCGCCAGAAGCGCUUCUUGGAGCACCGGAAAUGGAUGAUACGGACAACAGGUUGCCUCAUCGGCGCAUUCUUCGGCACCAGGCUGGCGGCCCCAUUCAUCGCGUUCUUGCCCGUGGAGAUCUUGUGGCCAUUGGACAUGGCGUUGGGGGCUCCCAUCGGCAUCUUGGUGGCAGACGUCUACCUCCGCUCGUGCCAGGCCAAGGAGCAAGCUUACCGGAGGCAGGUCUCGUUGGCGCUCCGCACUUGA